AGACUUGGGAGCGGGCGGGAGAGGAGCGGGGAGCGCGGCUGCACGGCCCUGGCGGGCCCUGCGAGGCGGCGACCGCAGGGGAGGCGGAGGAGAAGGAGGAGGAGGAGGGCUGCAGAGGCGGAGGGAUCUGCUCACCAGAGCCAUCCAGGCCAGCAAAGUUUGGCUGGGGGUUGGACUUUCCUUCCCGGAGGCGGCACCCAAACAGCUACCCCGUGCGGAAACCCAAACUUUCUACUGCCACUCCGAGUCUCGCGGCCGCCGCCUCCGCCCCGCGCGCCCGGGGCCUGCCCGUCAGUCCGUCGGUCCUCGUGGAGCUGCUCGGGCUCCGCCGUGCUCCCGAUCCCCGAAGCUGCAGUGCCGCAGCCCCGGCCCGGACGCCGGGGCAAGUUCUCCAGAGUUAGACGCGAAGUUCGGGCGCGGCGCGGGCCGAGCUGCCCCUGUGCGCCCCCGGCGUCCCCAGUGCGCCCAGUCCCGCCGGGGGCGCCGGUGACCCUUCCGUGCCAGCCAUGUCGUCCAUCCUGCCCUUCACCCCCCCGAUCGUGAAGCGCCUGCUGGGCUGGAAGAAGGGCGAGCAGAACGGGCAGGAGGAGAAGUGGUGCGAGAAGGCGGUCAAGAGCUUGGUGAAAAAGCUCAAGAAGACGGGGCAGCUGGACGAGCUGGAGAAGGCCAUCACCACGCAGAACGUGAACACCAAGUGCAUUACCAUCCCCAGGUCACUGGAUGGCCGGCUGCAGGUGUCCCACCGGAAGGGGCUUCCCCAUGUCAUCUACUGCCGCUUGUGGCGAUGGCCCGACCUGCACAGUCACCAUGAGUUACGGGCCAUGGAGCUGUGUGAAUUCGCCUUCAACAUGAAGAAGGACGAAGUGUGUGUAAAUCCUUACCACUAUCAGAGAGUAGAGACACCAGUUCUACCUCCAGUGUUGGUACCGCGCCACACCGAGAUCCCGGCCGAGUUCCCCCCGCUGGAUGACUACAGCCAUUCCAUCCCUGAGAACACUAACUUCCCCGCUGGCAUUGAGCCCCAAAGCAAUAUUCCAGAAACCCCACCCCCUGGCUACCUGAGCGAAGAUGGAGAAACUAGUGACCACCAGAUGAACCACAGCAUGGACGCAGGCUCUCCAAACCUAUCCCCGAAUCCGAUGUCCCCAGCACACAAUAACUUGGACCUACAGCCAGUGACCUACUGUGAGCCAGCCUUCUGGUGCUCCAUCUCCUACUACGAGCUGAAUCAGCGAGUUGGGGAGACAUUCCAUGCCUCACAGCCAUCCAUGACAGUGGAUGGCUUCACUGAUCCCUCCAACUCAGAGCGCUUCUGCCUGGGCCUGCUGUCUAAUGUCAAUCGCAAUGCAGCUGUGGAGCUUACGAGGCGGCACAUUGGGAGAGGCGUGCGGCUCUACUACAUUGGAGGGGAGGUCUUCGCCGAGUGCCUCAGCGACAGCGCUAUCUUUGUUCAGUCACCCAACUGCAACCAGCGCUACGGCUGGCACCCUGCCACGGUCUGCAAGAUCCCACCAGGCUGCAACCUGAAGAUCUUCAACAACCAGGAAUUUGCUGCUCUCCUGGCUCAGUCUGUCAACCAGGGCUUUGAGGCCGUCUACCAGUUGACUCGCAUGUGCACCAUCCGAAUGAGCUUCGUUAAAGGCUGGGGAGCUGAGUACAGGAGACAGACAGUGACCAGCACCCCUUGCUGGAUCGAGCUGCAUCUGAACGGGCCUUUGCAGUGGCUUGACAAGGUCCUCACGCAGAUGGGCUCUCCCAGCAUCCGCUGCUCCAGUGUGUCUUAGAGAUACUGGGGGUGAGGGGGGGAGGGUGGGCUUGGAGACAAUGGCCUUGGAAGAGAACUCCAUCCAACUUGUUCUUGUCAAAGAAGACAACAAAGUUCUCUCAACUAAGGCACCAACCUGUUUCUGAAACCACAAAAGAAAGAAAAAAAAGAAAAAUCCCAGGGAUGAUUUUAUGAACAGCUGUGUCGCUGCAUACAUGCACCCCAGUUUGAGACCCAAAAAGUGGCUUCGGAUCUGGUGGUGUCACCAUCUGACUCCUUGUUUAAAGACAGAGAUCUAAAAGGAUAGUGCCUUUCUCAAGGGCUGGAGUGUACCUCUGGGAGAGGGUCCUGGCUUCCUGUAGCUUUGGAUAAAAACUUCAAUGGCGCAUGCCCUGUCCCACCACUUCCACGGAGAGGGUGCACCUGGUGAACUAGAUGGCCUACACCUGCACUUUCCCCACCCCCAGAACACAGACAGGAACAUGCCAGUGGGCAAAGCUGGUGAGAGCCAUUUCUUCAUUGUCCCUUCUUGGAAGGACCUGCUGAAGCUCAGCGUGUAUGGGAUGCAUAAUUCUUAUUAUCACAUUACUCUCAGAGAUAACAGAUGUUGUCCAAGUAUCCACAGAAGGCAGAAAGGGCAAGGGUGGAAUGCAUGUCCGGCGGAGGUGGCGCCAUACUGAACGUUUCUCUGAGAGUUGGCACCAUAGUCUGACGCAUAUGCUGUGUUGGUUUAUGGAGCCAGUUGCAUUAAUGAAUUCACCUAGCAGAGGCUCUUUGAAAUGUCUUCUGUUUUACAAAAACAAUCCUGGUUACGUACCUUGGCUGGAAAACCAGAGUGGACCCAGCAAUUGCUGCUUGCCCUGAGGUUUGAAAGUUGAGAUUUAUAGAAGCCAGAAGGUAAGACAUCCCAGGCCGACAUGGGCAAAUGAAAAGGGCUAUAAUAAUUUUUUUUUACACCUUGGGAAAUUGCAGGCUUGGUGCAGAGAGGCCUGCCAUCUUCACGCUGGGGUAUAAGAUUACCCAGCUUGGUAAAGGACUGUCCCCAAAAAUUGCCACGGUGACACUGUGUAAUGAGCACCAUUCCCAGGGGCAAUUACAGAGAAAACGAGUAUAAAUUAUAUCAACUGGAAAAAGAAAAGCCCCUUUCCCAGCUUUUCUAGAACACAGCACACAGGAUCCCACCUGCGAUUGGUACUUUCUUCUUGGUCGCUGUUUGUUGUAAAAUGAUUGUCCCACGUUUUUCCUGGAUUUCCUGUGGAAGUCCUGUCCUGUUUCAGAGGGAAGAAAGUGUGCCCUCUAAUGUGAUGAAUCUUCUGAUGCUCCGGAGACUCGAGGAACAUUCUGGUGUCUCUCCUGCAGGAUCCUGUGGCCUCUGAAGCCCUGGGCAGGAUCUUUCCAGCUAGGCAUGCUGUUCCCCAAGCUUCCUUCAGACACAAGAAGUCUAAGAGCAUCUUGCCCCCAGGUUGUUGCUACAGAACCCAAAGACAGUUCUGAAUGCCUUGCAUCCUCUGAGAGGGCAGACAGUGGGUGUGACCAUCGUGCCAGGCUCGAAACGUUCUGUGGACUGCUGCUUCAGACACAGGAAGGCCUUGGAACUGCCUUUAUGUCACCCAUGCUCUGAGUCAGGCCCAGCACAAGGAUGUUCUGAUGUGGCUUCUACUGAAGCCAUGGGCAGUGGUUUGUGGGGACCUGCCUUGUCCACUUGCUGCCCAGUUUCCUUGGGGCUUCCUGUGGCCCAUUGUCAUCCCCUUGGUGCCUGGAGAAGAGCUCUGCCCAGCACAAAUGGAGUCAUCCCACAGCCUGUUCUGCAUGAUGGCUCCACCCAGCACAAAUAGAGUCGUCCCACAGCCCGUCCUGCAUGAUGGCUACUCUUGUAGCUGCUCCUAGGAGGCACAAUGUUGAGAGAUCUUUUCUUCUUACCAGAGGUUACAUCUUUGGCCCCUUGCUUUAUUGGCCAGUCGCUGGAGAAGGAUGUCCAAGGAAAUUCUAGGCAGGUCCUCUCGGCAUCCCUGAAAAUAAAAGGCUUAGAAUCUAGAAAACGCCACUCCAUCGUUGAGGACACAGGUCCUUUGGGUACGUGUAAUCUAAAUGUCCUGCCGAGUUAGUUUUCCAUCUGUCUUGUAUGCACAGCAUUUCUCCUUCUAAAGAACAGCUGGAGGUCCAGAGGAAAGCAGCUACUGCUGUGGCCUUUGAAAAAUGUGGUUCCUUCAGGUGACCUGACUAGGUGCCAUGCUGGCUUCGGGCUUCUGCUGACACUGACCCACAUGGCUGGCGCUGGGCAGAUCCUCGUCUUCAGCACCCAGAGAAGCUAGCUGUGUACCCCUCUCCUCCCCAAUUUAACUUAGUGCGUGUGCAGGUGGCCCAGCCGUGUGGGUUACAGGCCUGUGCUGGCCUGUCACUGCAGCUGGCCACCUUCCAGGAGGCCUGGAGAAAAGCCUGGAGUGGGGAGCGGGGACUCUUAGGCAGAUCGUGAGAGACGAGGCUGCUGGCCGACUUCUCCACUGUCCUGGGGGCGUUGUGUUAUUGUAAUGUCUGUGACACUUUUUUGUUUUUACUCGUUAAUGUAUUGAGCUGCAGUGCUUAUGGGGUACUGUGGUCUUGCUCUUCCUCUGCUCGCUUCUCAGAGCUGGGACAUAUUCCAGGGCUUGAUGUUUUUACUUAAACCACAGAAAGGUUCUCUUUAGGUAGCGUGUGAGGUCACGCAUGUGCCGGAGUUGUCUGGGGUCUGACUUCAUCCUUAGCCCCAAGCUGCCAUUUCUGAGUGUUUUUUUUUUUUUUUUUUUUUAAGUCCUUGAGAGGCUGAAAAGGUGCCUGUACCAGAAGGCCGCAGCCACAGCCCUGCACUGUAUUCCUUACUAUGUGAGUAUGUGGCUAAUGUGUGUGCCUGUUACGUUAGAAGGGACCUGCAUUGUACUGUCUCUGAGUGGCAUUGGUGUUCCAUCACUGGCCUCUUUAAGCAAUGGUCUUCACAGUGUACAGCAACUUCCCAAGCGGGUAGAAAGCCAUGCACCAGGAUGUGGGUCAACCAUGAGGAUGUGGCAUGGUUGACAGGAGGCACUGGAUGGAGAGGAACACGUUGGUGCAUGGCUACCACCUUCGAAACAGCCCCUACAGCCGGCUCGAGCUAACCCAACAGUGACGGCUAGCAUUCUGCUGUUUUCAUAUUUAUGUAACAAUUCCUUCAAACCGUUCAGAUGGAUGACUAUUUAAUUUCUUAAAGACAGUUGUAAAGGUCUGUCCCCGAAGGACAGUGACUGGGUAGAGCUGGGGCACAGCCAGUCCCGAACACUGGAGACUGCGGUGGCUCUCUUGGCUCCAGCUCCACAAACAUCAGACCAGACCAGGUCAACAAGGAGCAGCGUGCACAAACAGGCCGCUGCACCAAGGCCCUCCCUUCUGGGAGUGAAAACCUCACAUGGAAAUUGGAGCCAUCUUUAUCCCAGAAGCCUUUGCUGUUGCCAGGGCAAGUGGGCUGGUGUGGACUCUCACGCUGCUGUUCAGCCAUCCAGGCCUUUAGUAUCUGUGUAAAAAGCAUGUAUUUAUAGUGGUUUUUAGAUUUUUCUAACUUUUGUAUCUUACAGCAUUGUACCCCAAUGUUAAAGAGCCGUGUCCUCUCUUCUUAUAUGCCCUUCUAAUAAACUUUUCACUGUAAGGCUCCUGGGCCAGGAGCACAGUCUGA